AUGGCAGGGAUAACUCAACCCCCUUACCCUCUUCAUGAGUCGACCACUGGCCGCAUUGAUGAAGAGUACGCGGCGUUCUAUAACCAGCACAUCAUAGAUAAGCAGCAAGUUCAUCUGCAGCCCGUGGAAGCAUCCCGGGCGAGCGGUAUCCUUAUUCCCGGAGCCGGUCCGCUUCAGCCGGUUGCCAGCACUUCGGAUCAUACAAUCUCCAGGAAGGAAAGCCAAGGCCCGGAAGUCAAAGUGCGAUGUUUCACACCUCAAGGAGACAAGCCUGAUGCCGGCUGGCCUGCAUGUGUGUAUUUUCAUGGAGGUGGUUGGGUUCUUGGAACAAUCGAUACCGAAAACGUCAUUGCGUCCAACCUGUGCGCCCGCGCGAAAUGUGUAGUGGUGGCGGUGGACUAUAGGCUCGCCCCGGAAGACCCUUUCCCUGCUGCGGUACACGAUAGCUGGGAGGCAGUGCUCUGGACGCUGGGCGAGGGAAAGGAGAUAUUGAACAUCGACGAAAACAAGCUGGCAACUGGAGGCUCGUCAGCCGGGGCAAACUUGGCGGCUAUCAUGUGCCAGAGGUCCGCGGACCGUGGAGGUCCCAGAUUCCUCUUACAGCUGCUGUCUGUGCCGGUAAUGGACAACACAGCCGAUGCCACGAACAAUAAGUCUUGGAAGGAAAACCAGUUCAGCCCCGCACUGCCCGCCGAGAAGAUGCUGUGGUAUAGGCGUCACUAUUUGCCCGACGGGAAUGACUGGGACCAUCCUGAAGCAAGCCCUCUCUUCUGGAAAGGCGACUGGUCCAAGUUGCCGGCUGCAUGUUUCGUUCUCGGUGAGCUGGACGUUCUCCGGACCGAGGGCGAGCAGUUUGGCAAGAAACUAGAAGAGGCCGGGGUGAAAGCCGACAUCAACGUCAUGAAGGGCCAACCCCACCCCUUCAUUGCGAUGGAUGCGGUACUGGAGGCUGGUGCGAGGGCCAUAACGCUAUUCUGUGACGCCUUGUACAACGCCAUGUAUACGUAG